AUGGGUUGGAUUACUAAUUUAUUAAUAAUUACUCUUCCAGGAACUGCUUAUGCAACAUUUAUUUCGUUUAGACUUGGAAAUUAGCUACCAAUAGCAUGUAGAAAUUUUGGCAGAUAAAUAGGAAUGGGAUACAAUUACUUUAAAGUAAUUCUUAAAUUAUUAGCCCCAUAAAAUGAAAAACCAGCCGAAAUAGUAGAUAUCAUGAGAAAGACAGAAUAACAAUCUAUUGCUUUAACAAGAGAAAUCACAGAAAGUAUUUUAAGGGCAAAAUAAGAUUUGAAAAACUCUUUACCACCAGAGUUGCAAAACAAUCCAAUGAAUUUAAUAAGAAUACAGUAAGACAAGCCACUAUAAAAUCCUACAGAAAAUGUUACAGGGGCUAAACUUCUUGAUGUUACAUUUAAAGAAAGAAAGAGAAUCAUCGAAAGAAAAAAAGAAUUAAAAUAAAAAUCAUCUUUUUAAAAUAUUGUUUGA